UGAAGAGUGGAUCCCAUUUCAUCCGUUUCCUAGGCAGCUACCUACGGGCUACGUCUCUAGAAUCUCAAAGUCUCCGGAUCCAAAAAGUCUUCUUACCUGUAGCACCAAUAUAAACUCAUUAGUUCCUUUGUUGAACUCUUAAACUAAGAAAAAAAAAAAAAAAAAAAACUCUUUAGUUUGUUUUCUUUACAAGAACUCUUAAGCUUACUUAUCAGUUUCCAUUAAAUUCGAUUCUGAUUGACCUGGACGAGGCUUUACCAGAAAGAAAAAAAUGGGACGAGGACCGAUGGCUUCAGAUACAGAUGAUUUCUACACUUCUGGCCCAUACCAUCUUACAUCUAUUGAUUGGACCAAUUCGCACCACCGAACCUCAGUGGUAUCAAGUUUGGUAAAUGGAGUGUACACAUUAGAAAGGGACAGGCUUCUCAGCAUAAAAAAAAGGUACAGGUACAAGCUUGGCUUGCGCCAUGCUCCGAAAUCACUAGCAGAGCCUUGGUGGGAGUUUUUCAAUUUCGAAUUGAUGUAUACCUUGACUGAUGAUGACGGCUCCAUUUACGGUGCCGUUUUCGAAUACAAGAGCUACAGCGUUUACCAAAAUAGCCCACACGUGAAAGUUCCACAUUACGUGAUGGCCUUCCGCGGCACGGUUCUAAAAAAACGGACUUGGGAGUUUGAUUUGAAACUUGACCUCCAAUGUAUCUUUAACACCCUUCAUCAAGGUGGCAGGUCUAGGCACGCGGUUCAAGCAGUUCGUAGUAUGGUGGACAAACAUAGCCAAAAAGAUGUAUGGCUCGCUGGACACUCUUUGGGAGCCGCCCUAGUGUUGCUGGCGGGAAAGACCAUGACAAGUGUUGGAUUCUUCCUCGAAAGUUACAUAUUCAACCCACCCAUCUCGUCUAUUCCUCUAGAGCAGCUACCUGGAGGACAUUAUCUUAAAGAUGUGUUUCAAACCGCCAAGAGUGUCGUCAAAGGCACCAUAGCCAUGACCUUAACCCAUCUACUGCAGGGUCAAGAGGAGUACAAUACAAAAACAGCAUCGUGGAUACCUAAUUUAUAUGUGAACCCAAAAGAUCCAAUCUGUGCAGGAUAUAUUGAUUAUUUCAGACACAGAGACUUCAUGUCUGAGAUCGGUGCAGGCCAAAUAGAGAGAUUUGGUGCUAGAAACUCAGUUAGAAGUCUAUUGGUCGGAAUAAUAAGAAGAUCCCCCUCGGAUUUGUCAAAAGAACCUCUUCACCUUCUUCUAUCAGCAGAUAUGACUGUGAACAAGAACGAACCGACUAAGUCUACGACAGCUCAUGCGCUUCACCAGUGGUGGGAGAAAGACACGGCCAUGAGGGAAAACUGGGAAAGCUGCUGCAUUAGGCCUUACCAUGAUGGACAGUUGACCCUAGAAUUUUACUCGGUAUUAAUUUUACUGAUCAUACAAGUGGCAGCAGAUGGAAAUGUUGAGUUUCACCACCGUCUCAAACUAUUUGUAAACCUUGUUCUAAAUUUUUUAUUAAAAUUUUACUAGAUAUGUUAUAUUUAAAUUCGAUUUUCAUACCAAUUUGAGAAACUUUACAGUUUACACCCAA